CCAACCAGAGAUGAGUAAGAUCCAAGGGAUAGAACACCUGAGCUGUGUGAACAUAGAGAGAUGAGAAAGGGGACAGGGUGAAGCUGAUUGUGUAACUGUUAUUCUAUCUAAUCUAUCUUUCUAUCUAUUAUGAGAUCCCAUGCAAACCCCUGAGAGGGAUCUAAAUACCUAUGUGGUCUCAACAGGACCGAGCUAUGGAAGAAAACCUAACAGCAGUGACAGAGUUUAUCUUUCUGGGCUUCUCAGACCUCCAGCAUCUGCAGCCCCUUCUUUUUGUCCUCAUCUUCCUCAUCUACCUCUUCACACUGAUAGGAAAUGGCCUCAUCAUCGCUGUCACAGUUGCUGACCUGGCCCUCCACACCCCCAUGUAUUUCUUCCUCAGGAACUUGUCAGUCUUGGAGAUCUGCUACACUUCAGUGGUCGUCCCUAAGACCUUGACCAACCUCCUGUCAGAAAAGCAGGCUAUCUCCUUCCUCGGCUGUGCAGUCCAGAUGUACUUCUACCUUUUCUUUGGCAGCACAGAGUGUGGCCUGCUGACUGUUAUGUCCUAUGACCGGUACGUUGCCAUAUGCAACCCCAUGCGUUACUCACUCAUCAUGAGCAGAAAGGUCACCCUAAGCUUGGCAGCUAUGGUGUGGAUCGUGGGCAAGUUGGUGGCAUGUGAGCAAAUGGCAACCAUAUUCAUGUUACCCUUCCAUGGGCCGAAUAAAAUCAACCACUUCUUCUGCGACGUCCUCCCAGUGCUUAGGCUGGUGACCACGGACACACUGCUCAUCAAUGCCAUUCUUUCCUUUCUCACUAUGGUGUUCACAAUAGUCCCCUUAAUCUUAAUCAUCACCUCCUAUGCAAGCAUCAUCUGCACCAUUCUGAAGAUGCACUCAGGAGAGGGGAGACACAAAGCUUUCUCCGCUUGCUCCUCACACCUAAUCACAGUCAUCUUAUUCUACUGCAGUGCCUUUAUCACCUACAUGAGGCCCAGUUCCAAUGUCUCUGUGGACACCGAUCGAGCCCUCGCCCUGUUGUACACAGUCAUUAUUCCAACAUUCAACCCAAUCAUAUACAGUCUGAGGAACAAAGAAGUCAAGGAAGCUGUGAGGAAAUUCUUGACCAGGAGUAACAUUUCUUUGUUCUCAUAAAUACAGUUGUUUUUUUCUGAUCAUUGAGCCCCAUUGAAGUGUCUCAACAUGGGAGGUGUCACAAAGUAGGAAAAUGUCUGUAUUAUUGCCUAACAAUAUGAUGUAUAAUUUGGUUUCCCUUUUUAGUUCUAUAUUAGCAGCUGACUCAGGGGGGAUAGCUCAGUUGUCUGAGCAUGAGCUUGCUAAACCCAUGGAUGUGAGUUCAACCCUUGAGGGGGACAUUCAGGAAUCUGGGGCAAAAAUCUGUCUGGGGAUUGGUCCUGUUUUGAGCAGGGGGGUGGACUAGAUGACCUUCUGAAGUCUCUUCUGACGCUGUGAUUCUAUGACUGUGUAAUGUUAAGGCAAAGGAGGUUGUAAAGUGUGCUGUUAACAAACCCAUGAAGGGUAAUUCAGCCUCUGAGGUACCCACUUCAGAGGGUUAAGACAACAAGGGCUGGGUCAUCAACUGGAGGAAGAACCAACUUGGCUGGCACCAUCCAUGUUAGGAUGUUUUACUCUUCCUAAGGCUAGGGCUGAGAUCAAAAGACUCUGAAGGGUUAAAAAGGAAGUGGUUAGCUCUGCUGGAACCUGACAAAAAGACCUAGAGCCAACAGGGUGAAGAAAGACAGACAGACAGAGUGAGAGGCAGGAACUGCAGUGGUCAAGCUGUAACUUGGUGCCCAGAGAGAACAGGAGACACCAAGGGUGGGUCAUGUCUACUAAGGGGCAGGAGGAGAAUGUCAAACAUAAGGAAGACAAUGGGUCCUGUAGGUCUUUUUGUUAUUUUAAAAAUCUGCUUCUCUAAGCACUGUGCACGUUUAGGACAAAUACUCCUGUUUCUGUGUCACUGCAAAUUAUUCCUGACUAUAAG